UUCCGAUAUGCGACAGCGUGUGGCCGGAGCAUGAGUAGUGGUUAGUCUCUGAAGAAGUAUGGCCGACCAGACAGGAAAUACAGAUACUAAACUCUAUGAACAAACAGACAGGAGUGAAAAGGAAAUGAUUAACGAAAGCAGUUUUCCAGUUAAAGGCAAUACUGAUUUGGUUGUUGAACAGCCUAAGCUGCCAGUGUCAGAAUUUUGUCAUCAAGAUGUUAAUGCUGAAUCCCAGCUGACAGACUCUGAAGUCAUUGUUUCAAAGCAGACUGAUUCUGAGAUUCAGCAAGAACUGUGUGUUCACUGUCCACAAGACACUGUCAGUGAAAUUAACGGCAAUGUAAUGUCUUGUAUAAUUCCGGCAACACCUGAUGUCAAAAGUGAUUUGGAGGACAGGAAAUCAUUAGAACUCAGCACUUCUGGAAAAUGUGAUACAUUAGUCAGUCCUCCCUUGGCCACAGAUAAUCAGGAGAUGGAGUUAUCAGUAUCUGCUCAGCUGGAGAUUUUAUCCUUUGAAAAAUCACAAUCUGUGGAUCAAAAUCCAGAAGGUGGGGCAGGCCAUCACACAGACCAUUGUAGUGAUUGUCCCCAGGUUGAAGCUGCAAUGCGUGAUGCUGUAGCUGAGGAGGAAGACAGUGAAGAUGACAGUUCUUCAUCUGAAGAUACAUCAUCAGAAAGUGAUUCAGAUUCCACAUCAUCUUCGUCUUCCCCUUUGUCAUUGGUUGUUAUGUCAGAAGGUGAAGACGAUGACCAAGAACAAGAAAAGAAAAAAGCCCAUCUAAUAAAAUCAAAAGAUGAGCUUUUGUUGGAGGAUUUGCCAAAAGUUGAAGAAAUAAGUAUUGUUCUCACUGAAGAGGUACAACUGGAGCCCAUUGGGAUUGUUUCCAGUAUCAUUGAUCAACUCGUAAUUGUGGAAUCACUGAAGGAUAUGCCACCAGUGAAUGAAGAAACUAUCCUUUUCAGAAAGAACAGGAAUUCAGUUGGGCAGGUGUUUGAAGUGUUUGGUCCAGUUUGUCAUCCGUUCUAUGUUCUACGAUUCAAUUCUGCCGAAGAUAUUGUUGCAAAGGGGAUUGAGCUGAAGGACUUGUUAUACUUUGCUCCCAUGGUGAAAGACUUCACGCAGUACAUUUUCACAGAGCAACUGAAGCAACAGAAAGGUUCAGAUGCGUCAUGGAGAAAUGACCAGGAGCCCCCACCUGAGGUUCUGGAUUUCAGUGAUGAUGAGAAAGAAAAAGAAGCCAAGCAAAAGAAGAAGAAGAAACAACAACAGAAUCGUGGAGAUAAAGUCACUCAACCUGGCAAAGAAGAUGGCCAGGCAUCACGCCAAACACAAGUUCAAUCAAUGCGUGGGAGAGGAUUUCAGCACAGUACUCAUCAAGGAUUUGGUUCCUAUUCCUCGGUCAAGUCUGAAAACUCAACAAGUUGUAGAUUUACUCAGCCAAGGGGCUCCUUUGGUCCGUCUUUUAAUCAGAGGCCACCUUGUGGACCUCCAAGGUUUCAUCCAGCCAGCAAUGCAAUACAUUCGCAACCAGUAAUGUCCAAUCCAAUGAUGUCCUAUCCAUAUGGUCCUUCAUUUUGGCCUCCUGUGUCAAGUGAUAUACCUCCUUUUCUAUCCUAUCCUCCACCACCACCACCACCUCCUCCUCCCCCUCCCCCUCCUUUCUCUCUUCACUCAAUGAGCACUGGUUGGUCAGAAUCAAACGUAAGGCCUCCCUGCUUUCCAAACUCCCCCUUUCCUUGCUUCCCCAAUGCUUCUUCAUUACAUAUGUCAAAUUCUCAAUUCUCACCACAGUUACCUCAACAAGGCCAACCAGACUUUCCAUUUAGACACCCUUAUUAGAGCCACCGAUGUAUACCUCCACUAUAUAACAACAAUCAUCAUGUAGUGAGGAAACUGCAACAAGCUGUGCUUGAAUUCUUUACGCACUGAAUUGCAUUCAAUAAAUGAGGGUGAAAACAUAAUGCAAUUUGUAUCUGUUACAAAAUACGAUUGUGUUGACAUAGGAAUGGCAUCAAUUAGUGGUCACUGUGACGGGAAUAAACUCUGGCCUGUUCUGUCCUUUCUAUGCUAAUCCAGUGGCUUUUUAAUCCAAACAUAAUCCUGAACUCAGAUGAAAAGUGAUUGGCUAAUGUAGGCCUUAUUAUAGGCUGAAUUUGAAUUUUUAACAGUUGGGGCAAAAGUAAUGCUAAUUAUGUGCACAUAGGACUGCUUUAUUUCAUGCAAUCACCUUGUCAUGAAAUUGGCUUUCACUGGUUGUGCAAAAUGGGCAUAAACAAAUUGGCAGCCAAUUUUGCAUUGUACUGGAAUUUCCUUGCUACUAAAGCCAACAUGAAAGAGAUUUUAGGUGGGGUGCAAACUGGCGAAGAGCAAUUUCACCCCAUUUUAUUUGGACAUAUCUGUAUUGCUGUAUUUUGUAAAUACAAUAGUUCUGGUACUGAAGUUAAAUUUAUCAUCUGUCAUUUGUAAAUAGACCCUCAAUAUGUAAUGAUCAACCUCAAAUAUUGAGGAAGCAAUUGGCAGAUGUUAUAUAGUAAAUAUAUACCAAGUCUGGGGGGGCCACCUACAGUUUUACAUUGUGAAACUAAUCCUUAUUUAGUCUUUCAUUUUGCAUCAAGUUUAGAGGGAUUUGAAUUAAACAUUAAAUUUUUGCAACCUUCAUUAAGCCCUUUAUGUCUUUAUUUUAUCUUUUAAUUUACUUUGUCCUACAGCAAUAAAUUUACCUCCUCAUUCUGAUGUAUAUCUUUUGUAUUUGCUUUUCAUUAGGAAGUAAUUCUAAUGUCUGAUUAUGCAUAAAUUUAAGUGAAUGUAUUCAAUAAUAAUGUGUAGCAUUCAGACAAAAUAAAUUGAUUUUUU